AAUGUAUGAAGAGUGAUGACAGGUAGGAAGAUUCGUUCCAUGUUGCUAGCUCAUUACUCUCCUAAAUUAGCCCAACCGUUGAACCCCAUCUCUCUCUCUCUCUCUCUCUCUCUCUCUCCUCUCCAACCCCAUUCCAUUUCUUUCAACCCCAUUUCUCAGAAACAAUCUCGGAGAGAGAGAAAGAGAAACACAUUCCUUCAUUUUUCAACCCCUCUUUCUCUUUCUCUCCAAAACGACCCCUUUUUCUGCGUUUCACAAUGAAAACAUCAAAAACCCUAAUUACCUUCAUUCUCAAUUUCUCACCUUAACAACAACAAAUCAACGAUUUUGAUCCAUACCCAUUUCAAUUCAAAGGGUUAAUUUCAUUUUCAUAGCAAAAUUUCAACCUGGGGGUAGAUGUGGAAAAAACCCCCUUUUGUAUCUACAAACCCUAAUAAUCAAUAUAGAAAUCGAUCUCUGUUCUUCCAUGGCUUCAACAUUUUAUUCGCAUUUGGGAUUUUUGAUUUUCGGUAUUUCUAUUUGUUUUUAUGCUUUUGUUGUUCAAUCUCAGAUACAAGAUCCAAACGGUUUUCAAUCACAACAAAAUCAAGUGGUUUCAUCUCCACCACCGCCUCCGCCACCUCCACCACCGCCACCACCUCCACCACCUCCGCCGCCAUCAACUCCACCACCUCCUCAGGAUUUCAAUUCACCUCCACCGCCAACAUUGCCGGAUAUUCCACCACAAAAUCAAAAUCCCAGCCCAAUAAGUUCGCCGCCGCCGCCCCACCUCCGUCGCUGGCACGACCAUGUUCAAUUACCACCGCCCCUGGCGCCCCCGCCGCAGCAUUCGAUGAAUGCUGGCAAAAAGGUUGGACUUUUAUUUGUGGGCAUUGCGGCAAUUAUGCAGGUUGGUUUUGUUGGGUUCUUGGUAAUCAAAAGAAGACAACUUUUGAAGACCAAUGACAAUGACAGAUAUGAGAAUUGUUCUUGAAUUUUUUUCCUUACCUUUCUUAUUUAAUUCAUUCGAAAGAAAAAAAAAAGAGAAAUUAAUGGGUUGAAAUUGAAAUUCUUUGUUGUGGGGGAGAAAAGAAAUGUUGAGAUUUUCAAGCAGGGAAAUGGAAAAUGUAUGAAUUUGUGAAGUCAUUGGAACAAACGUUACUCUUUGUAUAUUUGAUAUUGAUAUUGUUAGUUUACGUUUCCCUUUCACAUUUUAUGUAACCCCUUUAGAUACAUUAUUACGUUGGGUUAUAAUGAAAAACAGAAGAAACCCUUUUGUACUUGUUUGGUUUUUUUGUUUGUUGUUCUCUAACUUGUUAGAUGUACAAUGAUGAUGUUAGGAAUAUUUGAUUGAUUAAUGACAGUACUUUUUGUUUUUCCUCCUCCAA